UGUCAUGGUGCCUAAUCGUCGCCCCGUGUUGCCGAGAGCUUCCCAGCUGAUCAGACUGCCUUCUUCAGUGACUUCUGCUCUCUGCGGGCUGUGCGGAAGGACCCUGGGAGUGCCUCAAGCCAAGCAAUGUGGGCAAGAAACAGAGCAGCAUUACAUCAUUGAAGAAGAGUUUGUGUUGUAUGAACUACCUUGUCCGGCAUGCUGGCCAGAGAAGGAAAUACCCCUGUGUCAGGCACCAAAAUCAGGAGCUCGCAGAGUCAGUGACCUUUGAGGAUGUGGCUGUGACCUUCACCUUGGAGGAGUGGGCUUUGCUGGAUCCAUCCCAAAAGAAGCUCUACAGAGAUGUGAUGAGAGAAAUCCAACAGAACAUGGCUGCUAUAGGAAGAAACUGGGAGAACCAGCAAAAUGAUGAAAAAUACAAAAAUUCGUGGAGACAUCUAAGAAAUGAAGAGGUAGAGAAAAGCUAUCAAUACAAAGCUUGGAAUCAACAUGAUAAAUGUGGGAAAGCAUUCAGAACAUAUAGUCAUUAUCAAACACAUAGAAGUCACACUUCGGAGAAAACCUUUGUAUGUAAGCAUUGUGGGAAAACUUUGAGAACACACAGUCUUUGUCAAAUACAUGAAAGAAGGCACACUGGGGUGAAACCUUAUGUUUGUAAGCAAUGUGGAAAAACUUUCAGCACACACAGUCUUCUUCAAAUACAUGAAAAAAGGCACACUGGGGUGAAACCUUAUGUUUGUAAGCAGUGUGGGGAAGCUUUUAGUGCACUCAGUUUUUAUCAAAGACAUGAAAGAAUUCACACUUGGGAGAAACCCUAUAUGUGUGAGCAGUGUGGAAAAACUUUUACUGCUAGUGGUUCAUUGGGUCGACAUAAGAGAAAUCACACAGGGGUGAAACCAUACAUAUGUGAGCAAUGUGGGAAAGCAUUCAGUACAUACAGCUAUUGUCAAAUACAUAAAAGAACUCAUGUAGGGGAAAAACCUUAUGUGUGUAAGCAAUGUGGGAGAGCUUUUAUUACCAGCAGUUCAUUGUAUAGACAUGAAAGAAGUCACACUGGAGAGAAACCCUUUGUAUGUAAGCAGUGUGGGAAAGCUUUCAGUAGACAAAGUCAUUGUCGAACCCAUGAACAAAGUCACAAAAGGGAAAAACCUUAUGUAUGUAAAACGUGUGGCAAGGCAUUCACUACAAACAAGUAUUAUGAAAUACAUGAAAGAAGUCACAAAGGGGAAAAGCCUUACGUAUGUAAAACAUGUGGCAAAGCAUUUGCUACAAGCAAGUAUUGUCAAACACAUGAAAGAAUUCAUACUAGGGAGAAACCCCUAUUCAUGUAAACAGUGUGGGAAAGUUUUCAGUGUAUACAAAUAUUGUCAAAUACAUGAAAAUAUAUAUACUAAGGAGAAAUCCUAUAUAUGUGAGUAAUGUGGGAAAGCCUUCACUUUAACACAUCACUUUGAGUUCUUAGAAGAACUCAGACUGAGGAAAAACCCCAUGUGUGAGCAGUGUGGAAAAGCAUUCAUUCAUAACACAUUACUUUGAAAUCAAAAGAACACUAUGGCUUAAACGUCUGCCUGCAAACGUUAGGUCCCCAAGUUCGAUCCCCAGUACCAGAAAAAAAGAAAAAAACAACACUGGUGAAGGGCCCUAUGUAAGC